AUGGUUGUAAGACAAUACCAACAAGAACUCGAAUACUUAGAGAGAUUGUCGCCGUAUUGUUGGAAAAUAAAAAAAGGCUUCCAACCGAACAUGAACGUCGAAGGAAUUUUCUACGUGAACCAAACGUUAGAAAAACUAAUGUUUGAGGAAUUAAAGAACGCCUGCAGGCCCGGAAUGGCGGGCGGCUUCCUACCGGGCGUGAAGCAAAUAGCCAAUGUGGCUGCAUUGCCCGGAAUAGUCGGACGGUCCAUCGGUUUGCCGGACGUACAUUCCGGCUACGGUUUCGCCAUCGGAAACAUGGCAGCCUUUGACAUGAACAACCCCGAAUCCAUAGUAUCCCCCGGCGGCGUAGGCUUCGAUAUAAACUGUGGAGUACGCCUGUUGAGAACAAGCCUAAUGGAGAGUGACGUUCUACCUAUUAAAGAACAACUCGCUCAAAGCCUAUUCGACCACAUACCGGUCGGUGUCGGUUCCAAAGGCAUAAUCCCCAUGAACGCCAAAGAUCUGGAAGAAGCGCUAGAGAUGGGCAUGGAUUGGUCGCUGAGGGAGGGCUACAUCUGGGCCGAAGACAAGGAACAUUGCGAAGAGUACGGCAGGAUGCUCAACGCGGAUCCCUCCAAAGUCAGCACGCGGGCGAAAAAACGCGGCUUGCCCCAGCUGGGGACCCUCGGCGCUGGAAACCACUACGCCGAAAUCCAAGUAGUCGAAGAGAUCUUCGACAAGUGGGCUGCCGGCAAAAUGGGCAUAGAAGAAAAAGGCCAAGUGUGCGUGAUGAUCCACUCGGGCAGCCGAGGCUUCGGCCACCAAGUAGCCACCGACGCUCUGGUACAAAUGGAAAAGGCCAUGAAGAGGGACGACAUCGAAACCAACGACAGGCAAUUGGCUUGCGCCAGAAUCAACAGCCAGGAGGGACAGGACUAUUUGAAGGCCAUGGCGGCGGCGGCGAAUUUCGCUUGGGUCAACAGAAGCUCGAUGACGUUCCUAUGCAGGCAGGCCUUUGCGAAACAAUUCGGCUUGGCCCCGGACGAUUUAGACAUGCACGUAAUAUACGACGUGUCCCAUAACAUAGCCAAAGUGGAAGAACACAUAGUCGACGGUGUACCAAAGACGCUUUUGGUGCAUCGCAAAGGCUCCACGAGGGCUUUCCCGCCCCAUCACCCUCUCAUACCGGUCGAUUACCAGCUCACCGGCCAGCCGGUGCUCAUCGGAGGUACCAUGGGCACGUGCAGUUACGUGUUAACCGGCACCGAGCAAGGGAUGAUGGAGACGUUCGGAUCGACUUGUCACGGGGCAGGUCGGGCUCUGUCCAGGGCCAAGUCGAGGAGGAAUCUGGAUUAUACCGACGUUUUACGCAAAUUAGAAAGCACCGGCAUCACCAUUCGAGUGGCUUCGCCCAAAUUGGUGAUGGAAGAAGCGCCCGAAUCGUACAAAAACGUUACCGAUGUUGUAGAUACUUGUCAUGCCGCGGGGAUAUCAAAAAAAUGCAUCAAACUCAGACCCAUCGCUGUCAUAAAAGGAUAA